CCGGUUCGGGGCUGUGCAGGAGGAGGGACCGGUCCGGCGGACGGAGGGUGGGAGCCCCGCGGCCACCAUGAGUGGUUCACAGAACAAUGACACUAAAAGGCAAUUUCUUCUAGAACGGCUACUUGAUGCAGUUAAACAGUGUCAAAUACGGUUUGGAGGAAGAAAAGAAAUUGCUUCAGAUUCUGAUAGCAGAGUGACUUGUUUGUGUGCUCAGUUUGAAGCUGUGUUUCAGCAUGGUCUGCGGAGGAGCCGAGGGUUGGCACUGACAGCAGCAGCAAUCAAACAGGCAGCAGGUUUCUCCAGUAAAGCUGAAACAGAGCCAGUGUUUUGGUACUAUGUGAAAGAAGUUCUGAAUAAACACGAAUUGCAGCGAUUUUACUCUCUGAAGACAAUUACAACAGACAUUGGGAGAGGCCGGGCUUGGUUGCGCUGUGCAUUAAAUGAACAUUCCCUGGAAAGAUAUGUUCAUAUGCUGCUUGCUGACAAGCAUCGACUCAGUGUCUUCUAUGAAGACUGGUCUUUUAUGAUGGAUGAAGAACGCUCUAGUAUGAUCCCUACUAUGGCAGCUGGUCUGAACUCCAUUCUUUUUGCAAUCAAUAUUGACAAUAAGGACUUAAAUGGGCAGAGCAAAUGCACACCCACCGUGUCUGACUUGUUAAAGGAAUCAACACAAAAUGUAACCUCAUUGUUGAAAGAAUCCACUCAGGGUGUUAGCAGCCUUCUUAGAGAGAUAACUGCAUCAUCGGCUGUCUCAAUUCUAAUAAAACCUGAUCAAGAGACCGACCCACUUCCUGUCCUCUCAAGAACUGUAAAUGUAGAUUUGAAAUAUAAAAAGGACCGAAAAAAGAAGAAGAGAGUGACAAAUAUUAUCUCUUUUGAUGAAGAGGAAGAUGAACAAAAUUUGGGGGAUGCCACAAAGACUCCACUUACAGCAGAAAGUUCAGAGGAGAGCAUAGAGAGAUCUGAAAGCACUCUCAGAAAAAAUCUGAAUGGAAAUGAAAGUAACUAUUCGUGGAAGAGCAGUGCAGUGUUAAUGAAUGGAGAAUAUGAAUACCAGAAACUAGAUGUGAAAAACAUUGAUGAUGAAGAUGCAGAUGAGGAUGAAUUAUAUGGAAAAAUGGUAGGAAAUAAAGGCACAGAAGGUGAAGCUGAAGCUUUGGAAAAGUCUCAUGAAAUAGGCACACUCAGUUCUCAGAUAUGCAGUUGGACUCCUCUGCAGGUCCUGAAUGAUGACUCAGAUGUUCUAUUUCCUGUCAGUGCUGUUGGCUCUUAUUCCCAGACAGAUAACUUGGAGAAUGGAGAAGAGCAUGAAAAUGUGCAUGCAGUAGAGCUGAUUCCAAGAAGAUCUGAUCUUCCCUACAGAGUGGAAGUCACUCCUCCAGCUCAAGUGAAUACUUUAAGCAAUAUAUUGCCUUCAGCCACUGUGCCAGAAUCCAUGACAAUUAAUGAACUACGUCAAGCUAUUGUGGCCAUGAUGAAUAGAAAGGAUGAACUUGAAGAACAGAAUAGAUCUCUGAGAAACCUGCUUGAUGGAGAGAUGGAACAUUCUGCAGUGCUAAGGCAAGAAAUGGACAACUGGAGAAGGAAAGUAGCAGAACAGGAAGAGCGCCAUGCUACGAAAGUUCAGGCCCUGGCACGUGAAAAUGAGGUGCUGAAAGUGCAGCUUAAGAAGUAUGUAGGAGCUGUCCAGAUGCUCAGGAGAGAAGGUCAAACAGUGGAAGUUCUGCCAAACAUUUGGAGCACUGAUGGUGAAUUUACUGUUCCAGAGCAAAAGCAAGUAGAAAGCAAUGAGGAACUAGCCAGCUCUUAUGAAAGAAAAUUAAUUGAGGUAGCUGAAAUGCAUGGGGAACUGAUUGAAUUCAAUGAGCGGCUGCACCGUGCUCUGAUGGCUAAAGAAGCUCUGGUGUCCCAGAUGAGACAAGAACUGAUUGAUCUGAGAGGGCCAGUCCCUGGAGAUUUGAGUCAAACAUCUGAAGAUCAGAGUUUGUCAGAUUUUGAAAUAUCAAAUCGUGCUCUUAUUAAUGUUUGGAUUCCCUCAGUGUUUUUGCGUGGGAAAGCUGCUAAUGCAUUCCAUGUUUAUCAGGUUUAUAUUAGGAUAAAGGAUGAUGAAUGGAAUGUUUAUCGAAGAUAUGCGGAGUUCAGAAGCUUGCACCAUAAACUACAAAAUAAAUACCAGCAAGUGAGGACUUUUAACUUUCCACCUAAAAAGGCCAUUGGAAACAAGGAUGCAAAGUUUGUAGAAGAGCGACGCAAGCAGCUACAAAAUUACCUAAGGAAUGUAAUGAACAAAAUUAUUCAAACUGUGCCAGAAUUCACAGCCAAUCCCAAAAAAGAGACUCUUAUUCAGCUGAUGCCAUUUUUUGUUGAUAUUCCACCUUCUGGAGAACCACUAAGCAAAAGCAAUCGCUUAAGAGUGACUCCACGCUUCCCCAAACUGUCUCGUAGCCAUCCAAGAGAGCCACGAAGCCUGGAACCUCAGAGUGGUGAUCUUUGACCCUUUUUCCUAAUUGUGAAUACUGACACCACGUACUUUUAACUUGUUCGGUAAUUCCUUCCUAGACUCUAUUUAUAAUUUAAGCUCCUGAAGAGACUACAGCUGCAUCAACUUAACUCCUGAAAAAGAGACAUUCAUUACUAAGGGUCAUAUCCUGAUCAACUACUUUGA